AUACCGAAAGCCCGACCCGGUCAAAAUGGGCGGCUCACCAGCUCCCCCCUUCUCUUCCAUGGCCUCCCUUCGCUUCAAACAACACCGACUAAAAUAUUGAAACAAAAAGGAAAUCAACUCUGACUGAUUACGAUUAAUUUGACAUUUGAUUCUAUCAAAUUUCAUUUUAAUCUUAAAAAAAUGAAACUUUAUACAGACAAACAUUUCUUCCAAGUUUCCUUUGGUCUAUGUUGCAGGCGUUGUUCUUCCACGACAUUCGAAUACGUUUUUACCUUUCUUCGGAGUCAUUCUUGCUUCAUCUUUUUAUGUUUUUAUUCUUCGAUGGGUGUUUAACAGACCCAUUUGGGAUAUUAUGAAUUCAGCGGAAAAAAGGAAGGAUAUGAGGAGGGUAGGCGGUGAAGCUGCCGGUUCAUGGCGUUUUGCGUUGUUGGUGUUCAUAAUCCUGAUUUCAGGCACCGUCGUCGCCGGAGAUUCGCUGGACACGGACAGAGAGUCGCUGUUCAGUCUGAAAUUAUCCCUCGAAAAGCAGAACCCAGUGAAUCGAGGGAGAUACUCGGAAUGGAAUCGAACUACUUCCAAUCCAUGCUACUGGUACGGAAUCUCGUGCUCGGAAAAUGGGACUAGGGUCAUCGGAGUACGCCUCUCGGAAAGCAAUAUCUCCGGUGAAAUGUUCAAAAGUUUCUCGUCUUUGUCUCAGCUUCAGUACCUCGACCUCUCAAAGAACACAAUAAAUGGAGCAAUUCCUGAUGACUUGAACGGAUGCCACAACCUCGUGUACCUCAACCUGUCUCAUAAUCUCCUUGUAGGAGAGCUGAAUUUGUCCGGAUUGACUAAACUGGAGACCCUCGAUCUAUCCACGAAUAGAAUUGACGGCGAGAUUCAGUUCACUUUUCCUGCAAUUUGUGACAGGCUUGUUGUAGCCAAUCUUUCUGAAAAUAAUUUCACAGGUAGGAUUGAUAAUUGCUUUGACGGGUGCCAGAAUCUGCAAUAUCUGGACUUGAGCUUCAAUCAUUUUGUUGGUGGAUUGUGGACUAGAUUUGGAAGGCUUGUGGAAUUUUCUGUUUCUCAGAAUAAUCUUACUGGUUCAAUUUCUGAAUCAACUUUGUGGGAAAAUUGCAGUCUGCAAGUUUUGGACUUGUCAGAAAACAAUUUCAGUGGUGGGAUUUCAGGGAACAUAUCAAAUUGCAAGAAUUUGGUUGUCUUAAAUUUGUGGGGAAACAAUUUUACAGGGCUGAUUCCAGCAGAAAUAGGGUCCAUUUCCACCCUUGAAGGGCUGUUCUUGGGGAGCAACAAUUUUAAUAAGGUGAUCCCAGAAACCCUUGUGAAUCUGCAUAAUUUGGCCUUUCUGGACUUGAGCAAGAAUGAAUUUGGAGGGGACAUACAAGCGAUUUUUGGGAGAUUCACGCAAGUCAAGUUUCUUGUAUUGCAUGGAAAUUUAUACACGGGAGGGAUAAAUUCUUCGGGUAUCCUUAAACUACCAAAUGUUUCAAGGUUAGACCUGAGCUAUAAUAAUUUCUCUGGUCCUUUACCUGUUGAAAUCUCUCAAAUGCCCAGUUUGAAGCUCUUGAUCCUGGCCUAUAAUCAAUUUGGUGGCUCAAUACCACUGGAGUAUGGAAACAUGAGGCAACUUCAAGCCCUUGAUCUCUCCUUCAACAGGCUAACUGGAUCAAUUCCACCCAGCUUUGGAAGAUUGAGCUCUCUCUUAUGGUUGAUGCUCGCAAACAAUUCACUUACUGGAGAAAUUCCACCUGAGAUUGGAAAUUGCAGUAGCUUACUAUGGGUGAAUCUCGCUUACAACCAACUUUCUGGGGGAAUACCUCCUCAGCUGACAAAUAUUGGGAAAAAUGCUGCUUCAACAUUUUUAUUAAAUCAGAAAAAUAAUGACAGGAUAAUUGCUGGCUCUGGGGAAUGCCUGGCGAUGAGAAGAUGGAUACCAGCAGACUACCCACCUUUCAGCUUUGCAUAUACAAUUCUCACAAGGAAGAGUUGCAGAAGCAUAUGGGAUCGUCUACUUAAAGGGGUAGGGGUUGGCCUUUUCCCAGUUUGUGCUGCAGGUUCUGUGGUUAGGACAUAUCAAAUCUCAGGUUAUCUCCAAUUAUGUGGGAAUAAGUUUUCUGGGGUGCUCCCUUCAGAUAUUGGUAAGAUGCAGAACUUCAGUAUGUUGCAUUUGGGUUUCAAUGACUUCUAUGGACAGCUGCCUGCACAGAUUGGACAGUUGUCACUUGUUGUGCUAAACAUUUCCAGCAAUUAUUUUUCCGGCCAAAUUCCAGCGGAAAUUGCCAAUAUCAAAUGUCUACAGAAUCUUGACAUGUCAUACAACAACUUUUCAGGCUCAUUUCCAGAAAGCUUGGGCAGACUAAACGAUCUCAGCAAGUUCAACAUCUCAUACAAUCCAUUCAUAUCAGGCAUAAUUCCAAAAACUGGGCAGUUUUUAACAUUUGAGAAAGAUUCCUACCUGGGAGAUCCUUUAUUGCGACUUCCGGAGUUUAUAGACAAGACGACAAAUAAUGCUUCAGAUGGAGAACCUCAUAGGAAGCAGAGGUCUAGGAAGCUUGUCCUGUUAUUGGUGUUCUUGUUUCUUACAGUGGUCUUCGUAAUAUUUGGUGUAUCGUCACUCAUAGUCUGCAUAUUGGUGAAAACCCCAGAAGGUCCAGAAGGAUAUCUUGUGGGGGACUUUAAGUAUAGGCGUGAUCUUGCAUCCAGCUCUAGCGGAUCGUCACCCUGGCUAUCAGAUACAGUUAAGAUCAUCCGUUUAGACAAAACAGCUUUUACCCAUGCUGAUAUUUUGAAGGCUACAGGUAACUUCUCUGAGAAUCGAGUAAUCGGAAAGGGAGGAUUUGGAACAGUGUACAAAGGAGUAUUGCCUGACGGAAGAGAAGUUGCAGUGAAGAAGCUACAACGACAAGGAACUGAUGGUGAAAAGGAAUUCCAGGCUGAGAUGGAGGUUCUAAGUGGAAAUGGCUUUGGUUGGCCUCAUCCAAACCUUGUGACACUCUAUGGAUGGUGCUUUGAUGGCUUGGACAAAAUAUUGGUCUAUGAGUACAUGCAAGGAGGGAGCUUGGAGGAUCUUGUGACAGACAGAACGAAGCUAACAUGGAGAAGAAGAAUUGAAGUAGCAAUUGAUGUUGCAAAUGCUUUAGUCUUUCUACAUCAUGAAUGCUACCCUUCCAUUGUUCACAGGGAUGUCAAGGCAAGCAAUGUCCUUCUGGAUAAAGAUGGACGGGCAAGAGUCACAGAUUUUGGCCUUGCAAGGGUUGUCGAUGCUGGAGAUAGCCAUGUGAGCACAAUGGUAGCUGGAACAGUUGGCUAUGUAGCACCCGAAUACGGGCAAACAUGGCAAGCUACUACAAGGGGUGAUGUGUACAGUUAUGGAGUUUUGGCAAUGGAAUUGGCAACAGGGCGACGUACUCUGGAUGGAGGGGAAGAAUGCUUGGUGGAAUGGGCAAGACGAGUGAUGGGAAAUGGGAGACAAGAUGGAUCAGGUAGAGCUGUGAUAUCGGUUCUACUUUUAGGGUCUGGGCAGACUGAGGGAGCAGAGGAGUUAUGUGAACUGCUCCAGAUUGGGGUGCGGUGCACGGUAGAGGCACCACAUUCUAGGCCAAACAUGAAAGAGGUGCUAGCAAUGCUGUUCAAGAUCACUUGCAGAAGGGAAGAUUUCAGCUAUGGUGUCCUCUGAAGGAGGGUUGAAUUGAAUUCAGAAAAUGUCGAUAUGUUUACAGUAUUAGAUAGUUUCCACGCUUACAUGUCUAAUAACAUAAGGUUUUUACUGCCAUGAUUCUUCGUGUACACAGAAUCUUGACUAUUCGCAAUAUUGAGGCUGAAUUUUACCCAAUUUAUUCAAGCUCAUAGAAAUCUCUCUAAUCUUUUUGUAUUUAUCUUUCGUCUGUUCUUGCAUCUUACACUCCAGAGAAGAAAAAAAAAUUGUUCUUGCAGUGUCUGGGUCACAUUUUCUUGCUAAAAAUUCUGAGUUUUAGGAUUAAGACAUCAUUUUUUUUUUGUCUUGUACUGUUUAUCACAAAUUUAUUUUAAUCAGAGGUACAGCCUUCGGCCUAUACAAUUUUGUCGUUUGUUAGUGAAGAGAAUUACGGUAUCCCCAAUUCCCCACAAUGUGUCUUUCUCCUAGUCCUUGACAGAAACCAAAAAAAUGAAAAAAAACAUUGUGAUUGAUGAGCAAGAACACUGAUUCCUCUCUCAAAUUCAUCAGUGAUUCUCAUCCGGGUUUGUUUCUUUCUUCUGCUUUUUUCUUCCUUUUUUAUUUGUUUUAUGAAUGAUUGUUCUCUUCCCUUUUUUUGGGUUCUAACCCUUUUGCUGCUGUUGAAUCUUUCAUAACUGGAAUUUCUUUGGCAUUGUCUAUGGGUAUCUCUUCUUCAAUUUAUUCUCUUUGAAUUUCUCCCCAUUAUCCAGGAACUAGACCUGUCACUGUUACCUAACUCAUUGAUUUGUUGCCACCUCUCUUGAUUUUGUAUUUUUACUUUUAUUUUUGAUCAAUGGCUUCUUAAUAAACUUUUCUGGAAUUGGGUGUCUUUUCUUUAAAGUUUCAUUUUUGUUCUGAGCUUGAUUAAUUAUGGUGCCGUUCUCAUAUGCAUCAGUAAAUAAGUAUGAACGGAUCUG